AUGGAGCAGUUCCGAGGCUGCGAAAUGGACCUAAUGUCGGAGGCGCUGGACCCAAUCGCCAAAAUGCUACCUCUGAGCUGGGACCGUCGCCCAGACCUUGGGCACCAGCAGGCUCCUCCUCCCCAACGCCUGGGCCCUUAUCAGGAGCACAUUUGGGUUGGUGGGGAGGGGGAAGUCUGAGGCCCCAGGCUCCGCAAGGUGGGUAGGAGAGAUAGGGAAGUGGGGAGGGGGCCAUGGGGCCCUGCUGGGAGGGCCCGAGGAUGGAAGGGAUGCCCAGAGCCGGUGCUGUCCUUGCCGGCCUGGCUCUUGACAUGGUUCCAGAGCUGCUCCUGCCUUCCCCCCUUGCCAGGCAAGCCGCCCGCACCUUUAAUUAGCAAGCAGCAGCCUCUCCCCGAUUCAUCACAGUCACUGUUUAAUUAGCCGCGCACAAGGCGCCCCUACCCCCAGCUCUGGGUGGAGCAGCCUGCCUCUCUCACGGAGGCUGCCACCACCUCAUGGUGUCCCCUGUCACACGCCCCCCCCCAUACUUAUGCUGCUCCCCAGAAGGGGGGAUGGGGCGGGCACGCCUGGCUGAAACCUCAAGGAGAUUCUGGGCACUGACGCUUGUAUUCAAAGCAUCCAGCAAACAUUAUUAGGGCUUCGAGUCUGCGCCAGGCUGGCGCUGGGCGGAACCCAGGCUGGAUGGGGGUGGCCAGCCUUGGUCCCGUCCAAGGGCUCCAGAGCGGCUUUUCCCUUUGGGAGGUGCCCAGACCCCUCUCCGACUGGUCCCAGGGUGUUGGGAAAAGCCCAAUAACCCUCCCUGUUGCUCCACUCCUCCCCACACCCCCAUUCAGGCAGGGAUGACCAUUUCUUCCUUUCCCUCCCUGCCCCAGAGCCCAGCUAACCCCCUGAGAAGGCGGGCUCCUCUAGGAUGGAGAGGGCCCGUCCUCCACCCCCGCCUCUCCAGGGGUCAGAUCCUGGAGGCCGUGGCUAAGGCUAUGGGCAAAGGGAGGUGAUGGGGGAUCUCAGUGCCCCUCUGGGAAGUCGGGGGGUGCAGGAGAGAGCCCACGAACCAGAACCAGCCGCCUGUUUACCUGCAGCAGGGUGGAGCCCGUCGAUGGUGGCCCUGGGAGUGGAGCUGGGGGAGUCACAGCUCCAGGGCAGCCAGCUGGAGGCAGCAGGCUCAGGUUCCAUGCCUGCCCUGUGCCCCAGUCCAUCCUGGGGCUUCAGGCAAAUCAGCUGCCCUGGGGCCUCAGUGUCCUGCCCACAGAAGGGCGUUGGCCCCCUGCUCUGAUGCGGACUGAAGACACAGAAGGACUUGCGUUCAUUCUGGCACAGAGGGUAGCCCCAGAGUCCAUCCUCUCAGGUGCUAACGACCUGUGCGGCCUCGGCCUGCCACCAAACUGUGCCGUGCCUCAGUUUCCCCAUAAUUAGUAGCUACUUCAUGGGCUUUCCUGAGGAUUAAAUGAUUACAACGUUUAGUACACUCGGAACAGUGCGUGGCAGAGGGAGUCCUCAGUAACCAUCGGCCCUCCCUUUACCGAUCACUGUUUAUUGCCAGGUCUGAGGGACUUGGUGGUGAGUUAUGUACAGCCACCUCCCUGCU